AUGACGGAAUGCCUAAAAAUUGGCACGUUUCCAAAUCACUCGUGGAGAUGUGUCGGUGGUGAUAUGGCAGUGAAACACCAACACCACUCAACAUUCCACUCGCCCACGCCUCCACACAACCACAACACCCAACUCUCAACUAACCCACGGACGCCACCUUGCCACUCGCUCACAAAACAUGCCUGCAAACACCCAGAACCACCUCGCGAGACUGUCUCGUCUCGCCCACAUCCUCCAGUCCAAGACCAAGUCCUCGAUGCGGAAGCUCUUGCCCCCCAAGCCGUUCCGCAAGAACUCCAUCAUAAGAUCCGCGCCCAGGCCAUCGAGUCGGCGCUGAAUGCCAUCGAGUCUGCACACAAAGGCCAUGUCAACGACCCGGUCGUCACGGUCGCGGAAGUACCUAGGAUGUUCUCGUCGACAUCGACUUCAUCAUCAGCAUCGUCGUCGUCAUCGUCAUCAUCAUCAUCGCCCCUUACGUCUCGGAAACCAGUCUUCUGGUUCGAGCACCCUUCUCUCCAGCACGAACUAGAUCGCGAAAUGCCGACGACGGACGAUGACAGCUCCACGGUUCAUUCCUUCUCUGGUUUCUCUGGUGUGUGGGUUAAUGAGGAGUAG